UAUGAGAGAAAUCCUUGAGCACUCACGAUCGCCUCUAUAUCACGGAUCUACAAUUAAAAAUCAAACCCAGCACCACCAAAACACUGCGGAAAACACAGAAAAUGGAGUAGCAGUCUUCUGUAUCCACGUUAAUCAAUGUUGAUGGAUUAAUACGGGAAUAACACACAUCCACCGCGCGAUUGGGAACUGUGGAUCUUUGACUCAAUCAAUUCAAAAUGGCUUCGGAUAAUACACAACGUAGUUAUUCCAUCAUACCAUGCUUCAUAUUUGUUGAGUUGGUCAUCAUGGCUGGGACGGUGCUUCUGGCAUACUACUUUGAAUGCACGGACACAUUUGGGAUCCAUAUCCAGGGCUUCUUCUGUAAUGACGCUGACCUUAUGAAGCCCUACCCCGGAGCGGAAGAGAGUAGCUUCAUCCCUCCACUCAUCCUGUACAGUGUGGUGACAGCUGCACCCACAGCCAUCAUAUUUAUUGGUGAGAUCACCAUGUAUAUCAUGAAGUCCACUAGAGAAGCUCUCAUCGCCCAGGAGAAAACCAUUGUGACGGGGGAAUGCUGCUAUCUAAACCCUCUUAUCCGCAGAAUCAUCAGGUUUAUCGGUGUCUUUGCAUUUGGCCUGUUUGCCACUGACAUCUUUGUCAAUGCUGGUCAGGUAGUGACUGGCAGUCUGGCGCCGUAUUUCCUGAACGUCUGCAAGCCAAAUUACACAGGAAUGGACUGUCAUGUAAACCACCAGUUCAUCGCCAAUGGCAACAUCUGCACUGGGAACCAGGUGUUGGUGGAGAGAGCCAGAAGAUCUUUCCCUUCCAAAGAUGCUUCGCUCAGUGUCUACUCAGCAGUCUACGUAACUAUGUACAUCACGAGCACUAUCAAGACUAAAAGCAGUCGUCUGGCAAAGCCUGUGCUCUGUCUGGGGAUCCUGUGUGCUGCUUUCCUCACUGGUCUCAAUCGGGUCUCUGAGUACCGCAAUCACUGCUCAGACGUCAUCGCUGGAUUCAUAUUAGGAAGCUCUGUAGCUCUCUUUCUGGGAAUCUGUGUAGUUAACAACUUCAAAGGGACCCACUCCACUCCCACCAAACAGAAGCAGGAGGAUUAUCGUGGUCUUCCCUUGAUGACAUUCCCUCGUGUGGAGAGCCCCUUGGAUACCCUCAGUGCACAGAACCAUUCGGCAUCAAUGACUGAAGUCACAUGACUAAGGGGGCAACACCGCGUCACGUUCGCGUCACCUCAACACUUCUAGGCACAAAGAGUUUUUUGUACUGUGGCAUACUGUAAAAAAAAUAAAUGAAAAAGACAGUAUUAUGUUGUAACUAGUUGUACCUAGAAGCAGCUGUUUUGUACAUUUUGUAUAAGAGAGUGCUGUAGCUUCCCCUCAUAACGUCAACACUGCUCAAUGUCCAAAUUUAUGCCUUCUUUGUCAUGUUUCACAUCACAAAGUAUAUAUAUACAGUCUAUAUAUAAUGUAAUUGAAACAUUAAUGUUGUUCUGUGGUGUUUGUACAAAGAUUUUAUUUUGAUUUCUUUCCUGUACAUUUUUGGACAGAGAUCAUUUUUGUAUUCUUUUUGUUAUCUGUAUAAAGCAUUUUGAUCAAAUUUGCCUGCUGAUUUUCCAGGAAUGUUUUUGGUAUACCUAUUUUUGGUGUAAGAUAUAAAAAAGAAAACCUGUCCAAUUGUUACACGUCGUUGUAUCUGAUUCUCCGUGGGCAUCUUUAAAUGUGCUCAGCAUGAAAUACACUAAAUUGUUUGAAUAAACUGUUAUUCCUGACUGUAUUUUGUGUUUCUUUUAAAGUUUGCAUUUCAUUUGAAAUGAGUAUAGUCUGUCAAAUAAAUA